AUGAGCGCCUACUCGCCAGCGCUACUCGGCAACUCCCGCCAGCGCACGAACAAUAGCGUGGCGGGAUACGAAACGGAGUUCAAAAGUCACUUGAACUCGAACGCCGACCUUCUGCUCGCUACUCAACAUCUUGCUGUCAUGUAUCGCCGUAACCCUAUGCCCGCCGCUAUUGUCAACCGAGGUGCCAACCUCCCGACUACCUUGGAGGCUUGCCAUCAGCGCAUCGCUCAGCUCGAGGAGACCAAUUAUAUUCAGUUCAUCACGCUUGAAAACACGCACGGCGACCUCGAAGAGGCUCGUCACUCGAUCCACCUAUGCCGGCGCCGCUAUCAGUACAAUACCCAGCACCAAGAUAUUCAGUGCUGCGAGGAGGGACACGAAUCGAAUAGCGGCCCCCGCAGGAACUCAGGAGGGAAGAGGUUUCGCGAGCCCGACGGGGGAUUCAACGAGCCCGAGCAUCCGCCCAAACGUACGUCCUCAUCCCUUCGACCUUCGGACGCCAGGGACGACCGCGACAGGCGGCCAGUCUCCAACCCGCCGGAGGAUCGACGACUUUGGACGCCGGGACAACAGGAGUCUCCUGCGCCCGAGCAACGCUCCGCGACGGCCGCGUCAUUGUCUGAGGCGGGCUGGGGUAGAGCCUCGGUGCUUGCGUCAUGGUCUGCAGGCCGAGACUGGCCUGAGCAGUCCAAAGGGGGAGGGACAGGGACGAACGAGACGAGGGUUACCUGGGGAUCGAGCGGCGAGCAUGUAGCCCCGCCUACUCCGAGCACCGCGACCACCGAGGGCGCGAAGACCGUGCCCACUGCGCCGCCGGCCUCGACCGCUGACCAGCCAGCAAUAGCGGCGGCGGCGAGUGACCAGGCCGUCGCGAUCACGCCGAGCUCGUUCUACGAGGCCCCUACCACUGCCGCCUUCGUCGAGCUCGUCAAGAAACGGCCGGAGAUGGCGCCCCAAGGGUUCCAGAAGGGCCAGACCGACACCAUCGCAUCGCGCGCACGUUGGUGGCGUUAUUUGCAGUGCGCCGGAGGGAAGCUCGAGGACACGGACGCGUUCAUUAAUGCGACCUUGCACGUCAUUGCGUCGGGACGGUACAAGGCCGCCAUCGAUGAGGGCAAGGUCGAGAAGGCCCCGACUAGAUCGUCGCCCGACUUUGAGGGCAACCCCACCGACGAGGAGCAGAUCAUCAAAUACCUCGCCGGCUGUGGCAUAUGGACCCAAGGGAGACACUACGAGGCUGCCAUUGAGCUCGCGGAGUUGCGUGGAGUCAAGGGUGCACCGACACCGGACCCUUUCGCCGACUAA